AGGUGUUCACAGGAUGUCGCAAGGUCAGGGGUUGUGGAGGGCUCGAAGUUGCAGGCGCCCAAGGCGGGAAGCAUUUUGAGCCUAUACUUUACAUGCCAGCAUUCCAACAGUGGGAAAUGUAGUCUCUGAUCCGGUUACGUCAUUAUCACAGGCCAAGGAAGGCGGCUUUUUUGUGCCUGUGGCACUUUGUUCCUUCCGCGUGGCUGGGUAGAACCUGCCGCUGUGCUGACCGUGCUCUGCCGGACACAAUGUCCAUGACGGAGUUCAUUUCAUUUGAGGAUGUUGCUAUGGACUUUACCUGGGAGGAGUGGCAGGGCCUCAAAGAUGCUCAGAAGAUUCUAUACAAGGAUGUGAUGCUGGAGACCUACAGAAACCUGGUGUUUUUGGGACACUGCAUUGCCAAACCUGCAGUCAUCUUGAAGUUGGAGCAAGACAGAGAGCCAUGGACAUUAGGAGAACAACUCAAUCAGAGCCUCCCAGGAGAGAAACCCUAUGAAUGUAAACAACGUAAGAAAAUGUUUUCCCAGAAUUCAGACCUCACUGUACAUCAGAGGAGUCACACAGGAGAGAAACCCUAUGAAAAGAAACGAUGUGGAAAAAUGGUCUACAAGAAGUCACACUUCACUGUGCACCAGACAACUCACACUGGAGAGAAAUCCUAUGAAUGUGAAGAAUGUGGAAAAUCUUUCAGGUUCAAAUCAGGUUUGCAUAAACAUUGGAAAAAACACACAGGAGAGAAACCCUAUGAAUGUGAGCAAUGUAGGAAAAUGUUCUACCAGAAGUCACACCUCACUGAGCAUUGGAGAACUCACACAGGAGAGAAACCAUAUGAAUGUGAACAUUGUAGGAAAACUUUCUCUUGUAGGUCACAGUUGACCCUUCAUAGGAGAACACACACAGGAGAGAAACCAUAUGAAUGUGAACAUUGUAGGAAAACUUUCUCUUGUAGGUCACAGUUGACCCUUCAUAGGAGAACACACACAGGAGAGAAACCAUAUGAAUGUGAACAUUGUAGGAAAACUUUCUCUUGUAGGUCACAGUUGACCCUUCAUAGGAGAACACACACAGGAGAGAAACCAUAUGAAUGUGAACAGUGUAGGAAAGCAUUCUCCAGCAAAGGAUACCUCACUGUACAUAAGAGAACUCACACAGGAGAGAAACCCCAUAAAUGUGAGCAGUGUAGAAAAAUGUUCUCCCGGAAGUCACAUCUCACUAGGCAUAGGAGAAUUCACACAGGAGAGAAACCCUAUGAAUGUGAACAAUGUAGGAAAAUGUUCUCCCAUAAGUCAGCUCUCACUCAGCACUGGAGAAGUCACAUAGGAGAGAAACCUUAUGAAUGUGAACACUGUAGGAAAACGUUCUCCUGCAAGUCAGACUUCACUCUGCAUAGGAGAAUACACAGAGAGAAACCAUAUGAAUGUGAACACUGUGGGAAAGCAUUCUCUAGCAAAGUACGCCUCACUGCACAUAAGAGAACUCUCACAGGAGAGAAACUAUGAAUGUGAAAAGUGUAGGAAAAUGUUCUCCUGCACCUCACACUUCACUGCAUAGGAGAACUCACACAAGAGAGACCCUAUGAAUGCAAAUGAUGUGGUAAAGCAUUCUCCAGCAAGGGACACUUCAUGGUACAUAAGAAAAGUCUCACAGGAGACAAGCCUUAUCAAUGUGAACAAUGUAAGAAAAUGUUUUCCCAAAAAUCACACCUGACUUUGCAUCAGAGAACUCAUACAGCAGAUUAAUCCCAUGAAUGUCAACAGUAUGGGAAAACUUUCUCAUGGAAGUCACAGUUCACUGCACAUCAGAGAACUCAUACAGGAGAGUAAUCCGAUGAAUGCGAAUGAUGUGGGGAAACAUUCUCCAGCAAAGGAUACCUCCUUUAACAUAAGAAAACUCACAGGAGAGAAGCACUAUGUAUGUCAACAAUGUAAAAAACUACCACAAGUCAGCACUUUUUAUAUAUUGGAAAACUCACUUAGGAAAGAAACCAGAUGAAUCCAAACAAUGUAGGAAAACAUUCUCCAGCAAGGAAUACUUCACUAUACAUCAGAGAACUAACUCAGGAAAGCAUCCCUAUAAAUGUAAACAGUGUGGAAAAACAUACUCCUGGAAGUCACAACUCAUCAAUCAGUGGAAAACUCACACAGGAUAUCCCCUACGAAUAUGAAAGUUUUGGUAAAACAUCUGGAAGUCAGCACUCAAUGUGUAUCAAAGAACUCACACUGGAGAGAAACACUAUGACAAUAGUAUAGGGAACAUUUUACUGGAAAGAAGGGCUCAUUUUACAUCAGAGGACUCAAAUAGAAGUGAAACCUUAUUAAUAGCAAUAAUAUAGGAAAUUUUUCUUUUGGAAACUAUAUUUUAGUAAGCAUCUGAAAACUCACACUGGGGAGAAACUUCAUGAAUGUAGGGAUUAUAGAAAAUCUUUCAUUUGUAAGUCAGCCCUCAGUGUACAUCAGAAAAUUCACAAAAGAAAAACCCUGUGAACGUCAAUGUACCAAUAGGACAUCUUCCAUCUAAUACAAGUCAACCUUUACUGUAUAUCAGAGAAUGCAAGAGUAAGUCCUAUAAAUGGGGAUGGUGUACAAAAUGUUUUCCGAGUAGACAUUCCAUACUCUACAUUAGAACACCAACAAAGAAGAGAAACUCUGUAAGUGUGAAAAGUGUAGUAAAACUUCCUGUAAAGGUCACAAUUUACUGUGUAUCUGAGAACUCUUAGAUCAGAAAUUUAAUAAAUGUGAAAAAUGAAGGAAUCUUUUCACUAGAGUUCAAAACUCACUAUACAUUAGUAAACUGAAGUGGGAGAAAAUCCUCAGUAAUGUAAACUGUGCUAUAAAUCCUUGAGUCAUUAUUCAGAAUAUGAAUUGAUCUCUUAAUGUAACAAUGUUGAAUGUUUUUCAAAUUCAGCUUUGAUUCAGCAAGCACAGUACUCAAAAUUAAGGCAUCAGAAAAUAAAUUUGGGAAUGAUAUCUACGAGUACAAAAGGGGAACAUUUCAGAAGGUUGAAGACUAAGAUCUAUGAUUUUCCAACUACAGAAGCAAAAUACUUAUUUGGCAAAUUGAUUUUUUUGAGAGAUUUUUGAUAUAGGUUGUGCAUCCUCUCUGGAGAGACAGAGACAGAAAUCAAACCA